GCGAUUUUACCUUCUCAUCCCACGACCACGACAAUCUUUCGACAACAACAACAACUCGACAACUUCGUGACGAAUCACUUGGUUGCGCAGGAUCAAUCGCAAUCAUGGCGCCACGAUCUUACUCCAAGACCUACAAGGUCCCUCGUCGACCAUUCGAGUCGGCUCGUCUAGACUCUGAAUUGAAGAUUGUCGGCGAAUACGGUCUGCGCAACAAGCGUGAAGUCUGGCGUGUCCAGCUUACUCUGUCCAAGAUCCGUCGUGCUGCUCGUCAACUUCUCACCCUCGACGAAAAGGACCCCAAGCGUCUCUUCGAAGGCAACGCCCUCAUUCGACGUCUCGUCCGCGUCGGCGUGCUCGACGAGUCCCGCAUGAAGCUCGAUUACGUGCUCGCCCUCAAGGUCGAGGACUUCUUGGAGCGCCGCCUCCAGACCUGCGUCUACAAGCUCGGCCUCGCCAAGUCCAUCCACCACGCCCGCGUCCUGAUCAAGCAGCGACACAUCCGCGUCGGCAAGCAGAUCGUCAACGUCCCCAGCUUCAUCGUCCGCCUGGACAGCCAGAAGCACAUCGACUUCGCCCUCACGAGUCCCUUUGGUGGAGGCCGCCCCGGCCGCGUUAGGAGAAAGAAGGCCAAGGCCGCCGAGUCCAAGGAGGAAGGUGACGACGAGGCCGCCGAGGACGAGGAAUAGACGACGAUGUCACGAGACCAUCCGUCGUGGUCGGCUUUUGAUACUACUGUGCCUUUCUGAUCACACCCUCUGGUACCUGCCCCCCUUUUGCCGAGGGGUUGCCAGAAAGUGUGUGUGGAUCAUUAUCACGAUGGAAAUAAUGAGCCAAGGGUGACCACAGAAGAAGAACAAACCCGCAGACUACCAAGUAUCUGCAAGGAAAAGUCAUGUCACGUCGAGAAAGCAAGCGGGAAGGAGAACAAUCAAACAGAAAUGUGAAGAUGCUUCUCAUAUUAGCAGUAUCCUCAAACCACAAGCAUUUCCAACUUGUUAGCUGAGGACAAAUCAACUUGGUAGAUACAAAUUCAGAACAUCUACUACCCAAGUAA